UGGCAACUCUCCAUCGCUCCGUUCAUCUCUUCCAACUCUCGCGGCCACCAUGCUGGCCCCAAUAGCCUUUCUGGCGCUUGCCCUUGGCGCAGUGGCUCUCCCCCAUCAGGAGCCCUUCGCCGGUUAUGACCCAUCGACCGCGGCCCCCGCUUACAUCGAGGAAUCCGACGGUGUCGACAGGUAUGACGGGCACCAGGUCUGGCGCAUCAAUUGGUCCAACCUCACCGACACGUCGCGCGGCGCGCUUUACAAUGUGCUCGAGACCACCGGCGAUGUGUGGAAAGCAACUCCCGACAUGAUCGACAUUCACCUCUCCCCGCGCGCAGCUGCUGUACUCCCCUCUCUCCUUCCGAAGGACACACAUGCGCGCAAGAUUGUGCCAGACCUGCAGGCGCUCGUCAAUCUGUCUCUGGCACACCCACUUCCGGAUCUCCAUGGCGCAUACGCGCCCCACUCUCCCCUCGACGACCCUCCCACUGAUCUUCCGGAGGGCGGAUGGAACGUUUCUACUCUCGGCACGCUCUUCCACGAUGCGUUCCAGCCGCUCGCUGCCGUAGACCGGUUCCUGGACACCCUCGUCAAAGCGUUCCCGGAGACGCUUCACACCUUCGAGAUUGGCAAGUCGGCCGAGGGCCGUCCGCUGCGCGCAUACACCGCUCAUCGUGCCGAUGGGAAGACGGACGCUCCGGAGGUGGUGAUUAUUAGCGGUCAACAUGCGCGCGAGUGGGUUGGGCCCGCGUCAGCCAUCUACUUCCUCCACGCAUUGCUCGUCAGCUUCAGAGAUGACCCUGAGGGUGCCGCGGCAAAGGUGCUCCGCGAGUUCACCAUCACCGUCGUGCCGACGCUCAACCCCGAUGGUCUUGUGUACUCGCGCGAGCAUAGCCGGAUGUGGCGCAAGAAUCGGCAGGACGUCGGAGGCCUUCUGUGCAAGGGUGUCGACCUGAACACGAACUGGGGUUAUGAGUUCAGACCCUCUCGCCUCGCAUGCUCCGAGUCGUACUCUGGCCAGCGCGCGUUCGAAGCGCCCGAGACUGCUGCUAUGGCCAACUACAUCGUCAAUGGCACUGCGGAAGCGCCGCGCAAGAAGAUGCCCCGUGCAUUCAUCGACCUCCACAGUUAUGGACAGUUGUUCAUGUUCCCAUACUCGUUCUCGUGCAACGUCUUCCCUCCCGAUGCUGAGAACCUCAUGGAGGCCGGCAUCGGCGUCGCUAAGGCUAUCCGCAUGAUCGGCGGGCCGGGCUACCAGACUGGCCAGGCUUGCCAGUCAACUCUGCGCUUCGCCGGUGAUGCCGCCGACUACACGUACGCGGUGGGCCAGGUGCGCUGGUCCUACUCCGCUGAGUUGCGCGACACGGGCACUUACGGCUUCAUGCUUCCGCCGUUCUUGAUUCGACCGACGGGCAUCGAUGUCGUCGCAGGUCUUUCUGCUCUCGCGCUGUUCAUAUACAACACCGAGAUCGAGCCUUAGCUGGGUGUGAAUCUGUCGCUCAGCGACACUGUAAUAGGCUCCCAAGCCCACAUAGAGAGGAAGUAUACAUGGCGUGUUGUUGAUUAUUGGCCAUGCAGUAUCUGUACGCGUACGUGCUGGGCUUAGGCCAUACCAGUAAGUGGCGGCUAUGCGACAAAGCAAUGAUGGCGG